AUGGCCGAAAACAGUGACGACUUCCUCGAGAUGCUGGACGAUCACCAGUUGAUGGAGCUCGGGGUUGGUCUUGAUUCUCCGGCACCUCAAAACGAUCCCGAGCCGUCUCUAUUUCUUCCCAGCCCUUCAGCACCUCCUGCAAUAUUUGCUCCACGCCUACGCGAACGCAGAAUCGCUCGCACAAGUCCAGGAUACGCGAACGCUCAUCCACAUUCAGGUCGCCCGGCCAGAUAUCCCCGAAGCCGUGCUCCUCUACCACAACACCCCGAUCCCCAUCUGCGCAACAUACUGGCCCCGGAGCCACCUCAGCAAACACCCGUCAUCGACCUCACGGAAGAGCCCGAUUCUCCAGAACUAUCGCGGGCGAGCGCCCUACCAGCACAAGCGGCACAGAAUGUAAGGAAUCCACGCCGAACGAAUUCGCAACGCAUAUCGCCCCCUCAACUAGCAAGAACGGAUGGGACAUUUGUUGGUCGAUCAGCCAACGUGAUUGAUCUUACUGUGGAUUCUCCCGAGGAAGAGCGACCUCCCCGAAAUUAUACACAUCCUAGACGCAUGGUUCCGAGUCCGGACGAUCUGAUUGAAGUUGAAAUAAUAAGCCAGCGACAAAAUCUGAGUUCGAUAUCGAACUAUACCAUUGGGCCUUUCAGGAGAUUGGCUGGCAUUAUGAGUACCGAGAUCAUGUUCAACCCGCCCAAUCUCGAUAUUUCGCGUCCUGCAUUUGCUCGCCAGCCUAGUCCCAAACCACGAAUGCCCACGCCUCCACCAGCCCGCGAAGGCUUCACCCGCAACACCUGCACCGAUCCCGAGAAGGAGUCUGAGAGCGUGGUUAUCUGCCCAGCAUGUAACGAGGAACUGGCCUACGACCCCACAGGAACUGUCACGCAGAGCUCAGUUGGCACUGCGAAAGGAAAGCGCAAGCGAGCGCCUGGAGAGCAUCAUUUUUGGGCUUUGAAGAAAUGCGGCCAUGUCUAUUGUGCCGAUUGCUUCGAAAACAGGAAGCCUACCAAGACGAAUCGCGAUGGUGUGGGCUUCCGAUCCCCAGAUACAAGGCCACCACACGCUGUGGGAAACGAUCUCCGGUGUGCUGUGGACGAUUGUGAUACAAAGGUGUCUGCAAAGACAGAGUGGGUCGGGAUUUUCCUUUGA